AUGUCUUGGGAACAAACUAAAUUCUCCUUCUCUCCACGAUCGCGCGGCUGCUAUUUGGUCACAGAUGAGGUGUUGAAGAACCUUCCGCAGAUCAAGAACUACAAGGUUGGAAUGCUCAACCUGUUUGUUCAGCACACGUCUUGUGCUUUGAGUUUGAACGAAAACUGGGACCCCGACGUCCGUACGGACAUGACGACCGCCUUGAACAUGAUUUGCCCCGAUAACGGAGGUGGAAAAUGUCAGUUUAUUCAUACAGAUGAAGGUCCGGAUGACAUGUCGGGGCACGUAAAAUCUUCCUUGAUCGGUGCCUCCCUUAACAUCCCUAUUAGCAAUGGAAGGCUGGCGACAGGUACAUGGCAAGGCAUUUGGUUACUGGAGUUCAGGGAUUACAGACACACAAGACAUUGUGUCGCUACCAUCAAUGGCCUCAAGGAGUAA